AGUGGAGGAAAGGACGGCAGGUGGAGGCGCCUCGCUCCAGCAGUUCCGGAUGUACACGUCAGUGGAAGGCAGCCGUCAACCAGGAAGUGGCUAGCAGGCUUAGCCAGCACAGGAUCAUGAGCAGCUGAGAAUUUGGGUGUUUCCACAGAAGGGCAGGAUGGGCAGGCAGAGGAAGAGGGUGGUGACUGGCGACGCUCCUCCCCAUUCAAGGAGAGACGAGAGGCCCUCUGCGUUUAAUCGCAAAGAGAAGAAGAAGAAAACGGACAUUGGGAAAUUGUUCAUCAACAUCUCCAUUGGGCUCUGCAUAUUCAGCCUCAUCUGGUUCUUUUACGCCGUCUACAUGCGGUCCAGUCUGUCGAAGCGCGUGGUGACUCUGCAUCCAUCGCCCCGUGUCCUCGAUGCCAACAGCACCGCCGCGAAAGUUUCCCCGGAGAGGUUCUGGGGCUCGUACAGGCCUCAGGUCUACUUCGGCAUGAAGACAAGGAGCCCCAGGUCCAUUGUGACAGGAAUGAUGUGGAUGCGUCAGUUUUCCAACUCGGACAUGAACCUUAGGCAUACUUGUGAGCAGGGGGAUCAUUUGCAGGGCUAUGGCUGGCUCAUGCAUGACGGACUGACCUUUGGCGUCCAGGAAAUUCGAGAUAAUGACUUCACGCUGACCACCGAGUUUGUCAAGAGGGUUGGCGGGGAUCACGGAGGAGACUGGACCUGGAGGAUCACGGCCAAACAGCACAGCUCCGCCCCCCAGCCUCCAGUCAUAUCCCUGAUGUUUUACGCGGCAGCGGACACGCAGGGCUCGCUGCAUACUCACAUGGAGGAGAGGAAUCGCCUCGCUUCCAUCACCGGUUUCUCAGAGGAACUGGGAAACUUUAAGAUCACUUUCAGGAAACCCGUCACUGGGGAGCAGUCCAACACAAAAUAUGCCAGUUACAACUAUCUCCAGACCUUGUCUCCUGGCUUGGAGAAGCUGACUGACAUCGUGAAGCUCAGUCUGAACCGCAGGUUUGUCUACAGCCCUCCGUCUGGCGAGAAGAGGCACUACAUAGGCGUGGACACCUACAAGCCCCCCCACCACCAGAGCCAGCAGAAAGCUGCCGACCCGCGCAAAGAAAGCGACUUCGUGGUCCACCAGGUGACGGUUCAGACGCCUUUCCAGAUGGAGAUUUUGUUUGAGUCGGGGAGCUUCUACAACCGCCCCAACCAGCUGGUCGGUUCCGUCAUGACGCAGGAGCUGGAGAGGAGGAAGGCUGAGUUUAAUGCUAAGUUUGAGAGGAUUUUUGGACUGGAGAGUAAAGGAUUUAGCCAGACGCAGAUCAAAUUUGCCAAAGCAGCGCUAAGCAACAUGCUGGGUGGAAUGGGUUACUUUUAUGGCGAGUCAGUGGUGCAGUCAGUAUACAACGAAUACCCCCUCCUGUACCCCGAAGGUGCGUUAUUCACUGCUGUACCAUCCAGGUCUUUCUUUCCCAGAGGCUUCCUCUGGGACGAGGGAUUUCACCAGCUGCUGCUGAGCAAGUGGGAUCCCCAGCUCACCAGAGAGGCCAUCGGCCACUGGUUCGACCUGAUGAACAUCGAGGGCUGGAUCCCCCGUGAGCAGAUUCUCGGAGACGAGGCUCGUAGUAAAGUCCCGGCUGAAUUCAUCGUUCAGCGGAACGAGAACGCGAACCCGCCCACUCUCUUCUUAGCGCUGCAGGAGCUCGUUGAGCAGCUCCCUUCCAAAUCGAGCGAGGCCGAAUCUAAAGCGACCUUGCCCUUCCUUCGAAGGCUCUUCCCCAGGCUGAGAACCUGGUUUGAGUGGUACAACAGCACGCAGACGGGGCCGAAGCCCAACUCCUACCGGUGGCGCGGGCGAGACAAGGACACCAAUCUGUUCCUUAACCCUAAAACCUUAACCUCCGGACUGGACGACUACCCACGGGCCUCGCAUCCCUCAGCGGACGAGCGUCACGUGGAUCUGCACUGCUGGAUGGCCUUGUCCUCGGGCAUCAUGGCCCGCAUAGCUCAGCUUUUAGGCGAGCCCCAUCAGGACUACAAGCUCCUGCACGACGUCCUCAAAGACAACGACCUGCUCAACGAGCUCCACUGGUCCGAGCAACUCCGCGCGUUCAGCGACUACGGCAACCACACGCAGAACGCGUCCCUGCAGCGGGAGAAGGUGUACGUGCCCCCCGGGCAGCCCCGCCACCAGUUCCCCGUGGCCCGUCUGGUGCGCUCCGUCCGCAGGGCGCCCAAGCUGCAGUACGUCAACGCCCUGGGUUACGUCAGCCUGUUCCCCUUCCUCCUCCAAAUCCUCCAGCCCGACUCGCCCAAGCUGGAGCACAUCUUCCGAGACAUGCGAGACCCCAGCAAGCUGUGGACACCCUUUGGCCUGCGCUCUCUGUCUAAAACCGAUCCCCUUUACAUGGAGCGGAACACGGAGCACGAUCCGCCCUACUGGAGGGGACCGGUUUGGAUUAACAUCAACUACCUGGCAGUCAGGGCCCUCUACCACUACGGCAACACAGAAGGUCCAUACCAAGAGAAGGCAGCUGAUCUCUAUAAGGAUCUCAGGACUAACAUUAUGAACAAUGUUUAUACGCAGUAUGCUGAAACAGGGUAUAUCUGGGAACAGUACAGCGACAGCACCGGCAGGGGCCAAGGAAGCCAUCCGUUCACCGGCUGGUCAUCCUUGACAGUAUUAAUCAUGGCUGAACAUUACUGACACCCCUGAUUUCAUCUGUUUCUCCAUGUUAUGAUCCAGGCAGCAUCGACUGUUAAGAUGUAAACGUGUAUUUUCUCUGUCUACGCUGACAGAAACCAGGAAAGAAGUUACGUCUGGCUUCAUCAUCUCAUUUUUUUAAUGAACCCUUUAAUAAAAACAACAGGUGUAUACAUUUCUAUUGCUGGGUGGGAAUAAAAUUAAACGGGUGCAGCUUUCUCCCUGCACACUAAUUUCCCCUUUACAAAUAUAGUUAAGAUCAAAAUUAUUCAUACACUUGGCAGAUUUAGACUUGGAUAAUUUCUCAACCAAAUGUUUUUUUUUUUCAUUUGAAAUUAGACUGCAAUCUCUCAAAUAAAAAGAAAAUACUUAGUAUUAAUGUUGGAAGAAAAAAAUGUUUUGUUUAUACAUUUCAUUAAAAGAAUGAAAUUUGAAAAAAACAUUUAUAGCCUUUUCAUUAAUCCAUAGAAAAAUCUUUUUAUUAGCAUCACUUAAACCAAGUCCUGCUAAUGGCCGACCGGCUUUUUGCACGUUUCCUCUGGUAAAUUGAGUCUUUCUUUGGGGAUGAGCGCCACAUCUUUGACGUCCUUACCAUCACGCUAAUCUGUACCUUCCUCCAUGGAUCCACUAUCAGAUUCAAGUCAAGACUCUGACUGCGCCCUUCGGCAACACUUGCAUUCCUUCCGGUCGGAGGAAAUAAAAAGAUCAUUUUCAAAUGACGCUCUAAAUCUGCCAGGGCUAAAAAUAAUUGUGGAUUUAACUUUAAAUUUCCCAACAUCUUCACACCUUUACCGUUAACAGACUCAUUGUUGGAAAAUGAAGACAGAUAGUAAUACGGGUGCAUCUCAAUAACUUAGAAUACCAUAGAAAAUAUAAUUUUGGGUUAUCCAGUUCACAAAGUGAAACUCGGAUUAUGCAUUUGCAUUACACUCACAGAGUGAUAAUUUUGGUUAUUGUGCCUCACAGCUAAUGAGCACCCCAAAUGAAUUUUCCCUGAAAAUUUGAAUAAUACGUGAAAAAUAAUUCUAAUGUAGAAAUGUCAUCAUGCUAACAAAAAUUAUAUACUCUCAGAUCUGAUGGGGGCUCCUAUUGCAGGAACUACUGCAUCAAUGAAGGGCUUCAUGGAGGCGACUAGCCUGUAGCUUUAAGGUGAAGGAAGCCCGGGUUGCUUCAAUAGUGACCUUUGGCUCGUCUACAUUGAUGGGUCUGGAGUGUUGUCAUUGCUUUCUUGACGAUGCUCCAUGGCUCCCAUGGCUUUAGAUCAUACAGGCAUGCUAACCAGUCGGUCCUGGCUGGAAAUGUAACACUGGAACUCAAGCAGCUUCGGUUGUGAGCAUCAAAAUUUGCUUUAAUCUGUAAAGACAACUUUGGACCGCCGAGCAACGGUUCAGAUGCUUCUAACUAGGGCUGCACAAUAAAUCACAGUUGAUAUACCAACAGUAAUUUACCAGUGUUGUCACAAUGACUCGAUUUUCAAUUGUUGUACAACCUAAAUACUUCAAUUUUCAUUGGUUCAGUAACGUGUCAGUUGGAUUUGAUGGCCGUUAACAUUGUGAAUCUCCCCCAGACUCUUGAAUGGGCUUUGCUUCAAAUUCCUCUUAAUUGGCCCAAGUUACCUCUGUUGCUUGUGCACAUUUUCUACAAACCUUCCUUCCUUCCACUCAACCUUUCAGUAUGCGCCGUGAUGGUGAUACAACACCGAAGGCUGGCUACUUGUGGCCUAGACUCCUUGUGGAGGGUGUAGGUGACAUCUGGUGGGCACCUAUCCACUCAACAGCCGUCAUCACGGUCUUGUAGAUCAUAACAUCAAUUUUGGAAAAAAAUGUUUUGCAACAUUCAAAUUUUCUAGGAAAACGUCAUUUUCUUUAGCUAUAACAUAAAUAAAUCUACACAUUAGCAGAAAUCCAUAGUCAUGAAAAUUGGUGCUUAAAACACAUAUUUCUGUGGCUGCGUUUUACUCUUUCAUUUGAAUUACUGAUCUAAACUUUUUCAUGAUAUCUUUGUAAGUUAGGAGCGAACUUACAUAAACAUUGUUUAUUAACGCCAGUAUGCAAAAGGCACAGAAAUGUUUGUAAAUUAUGAAAGUCACAGGAAUGUGCAAAAUUAAUAAUCUCUUAAUCUAAUAGGGGUGUGCUGAACUAUCUUUAUGGCAGAAAUGAAAACUGAAAUGGCAUCAAUUGUCAUGGCGCGUCUCCAUCCUCCUCCUCAUUAGGAUAAUGUAAUAAAAUAUACAACUUUAAUACAGAUAUAUUCAGGGCAUCCUCACUCAUCUGCAUUCACACUAUGUGCCGCUUGAAGACAGGCGUCUAUAUUUGUGCAAGCCGCGAGUCCUACCGGUGAGAUCCGAGGACAGUUUUCAACGGGCAGCUGGUAAUUACAUACGUUUGGGGAAUUUUAUUUGAGUUCUACUUUUACUUGGCAAAUUCGGAGCUAUGAUAUGUUAUUGUGCCAUUUUCCUCAGUCAUGUGUUGCUCUAUUGAUUCCGUCUUAAACGUUGGUUAGUUUUGAUAUUGCUUGUUUCUUCAGACUUUCUAAAAUGACUCUACGUUUCUGAAAUGACUGUUCCAAAUAGCAGGCAUUUUGUGUACACUGUGGUUUGUUUGGCCAGGGGGGAAACAACGCCGAAGUAUUGGAUUUGUUUUGUCAAAACAUUAAACGGUUUAAAUAUA